CAUAUCGGCGAGGUGCGUCAUGCUUGUCGCGUCCAUUGUAGGGCUGUCAAGAAUUGACAAGCACUGCAUCUAUUGGCGCUCAGGAGUAUAUAGACUCGGUAGCCUGGAUGCAGGGGAGCCAGCCCAUCAUCAAAUCCAUUUCUCCACAUACCUUUCCACUAUCAUUUUACGCAGCCUUCUAUCCGCCGUUUGAGCAUACUCCGUAGCAUUUUCCGUUUGUCAACACGCCAUAGCCAUGCAACAGCCGGACAGACGGUGGGAGCCAGCCCCUUUCACCUGAUACCACCGACCUCUGUGCCAAGUCCCUCACCCGCACGUCGACCGCUAGGGAAUAUUCAAACGUCAUGAAUUUUGUCAGCUCGAACCCACACCGCGUCAACGAACUCUCUGAAGCAGUGUUUGGCACGCUUCUUCUCGAGUGCUUCGUCGAGUGCGAUCGCAUAAAGUGCUCGUGCAGCAAAAGCCAUGACCGAGACUGGAUGUGGAACCUGGGGUUCCUCAUCGAGCACAACAAGCUACAUCUGGUAACCGAGUUCCGGGUUGUCAUCUUUAACGAGUGUGAGCUACCGAUGCACAUUGAUAAGGUGAUGAAGGGUAUGGAAAACAAACUGCAGUCACCUUUGCCGAAUGUGCGCUCGAUUCUGUUUCUUGGACCAGGGGUGUUCACAGCGGGUACAGCAAAAGAUGCGGACUCGAUCCAGGAAUUUAGAACAGCUGAGGCUGCUGCUCAGUCCAUCCGAAAGCUGUUUCCUUGCGCAACUGAUUUAAGAUACCAUGUAUUCAGGAAAUGGGUCCCGACACCUAAUAUCCUUGGAGCGGACAGAAAAUUAUGCCCUUUGUACGAAUACACUCUCAAGGAGUAUGCGCACCAGCUGGAGCAUGUCCAGAUGCUUAUCCCGUUCCCCCUGAACGUGCCCAAGCUCUUUGACAACCUCACAUCGCUUUCAAUUAACAUCCGCUACAUACGUCUGCGUCGCGACUUGCCUGUUAUUCCAACUCGGUGCCUGCGCAUCCUCGAGGUGUUCCAGAUCGAGGCUGUUAUCCCGUGGCACCUCUUCGAGACCACCGAUGGCGCGCUGAGCUUUGACAGCCUCCAGGAUCUGCGCGUGGAGUUCAUUCAGGCCACUGCGAAUACUGCCACUUUUCCAGGCUGCAAUUGCCCUGUGCAUUUCCCAAGGCUGAACACUCUCCAUGUCACUGGCUCCGCCUACGUCUACACCGACAUCUACGCCUAUUUCCAGGGCUGGGUAUUCGAGAGACUGACUAUUAUGGACGACCCGACGAACUUUGAACGCAUCAACGAGCACGCGUUCGAGACAGGUGAGGAUGCUCAAGAUCGGGCACCCUACUGGAACUCCCUGCCGUCCAGCGUUGAGGUGGCCACCCUUGGACUGCUUGACUAUCCGCUUCCGGGGCUGAUUGCAUGGGUCGACCUGCGCUCGCUCACACUGGCGGCCAGCAUCGCGGACAAGCACGGGCUUGCCAACCUGCUGGGACAGCUGCCGCUUCUGCACACGCUCGUCGUGGACUGCUUCUCGAUGAUCCGGAGCGACGCCAAGGCCACCAAGUUCCCGGACCAGAAGAUCACAUUUGACGAGAUCGGCGAGGUCCUGGAUCCAAGCAGCCAUCUGCCGGUCAGCGAGAGUCUCGAGCGACUGGAUCUCUUUGUUCGCGGCACAUUCGACCUGGUCGGUUUCUGCGAGUUGGUGGUGUGUCUUCCUCGAGUCACCAAGGUCAGGGUCAACCACCACAUGAUCCCGCACAUCAUGAGCAUGCUCCACCAGGUCUUCAAAGUCAGCCGCAAUAUUGCCUUUGAGCCCUUGUCCUAG